AUGUCUUACCAACCUAACCAAGCUCCGUAUGGAGGAUACGCGCCCCAAUACGGACAGCAAGGCCCGCCUCAGGGGGGCUAUCAGCAGCCCUAUGGUGCCCCUCCCCCGCAGGGCCACUAUCCCCCGCCUCAGCAGGGACAUUAUCCUCCCCCCCAGCAAGGCCACUACGGUGCGCCUCCUCCGCAGGGAGCUCCUUACGGCGCGCCACCUCCUCAACCCCACGGAUACCAUGCGCCGCCGGCGCAACCCCCAUACGGCCAGCAGCCACAUGGCUAUGCCCCUCCGGGCCAACCACCCGUUGGUUACGGCGCACCACCAUCCGGCGGCGGUUUUCCACCCCAGGGUAUUCCGUCACAGCCGUCUCCCGGCUACAUCCCUGGUCAACUAGCACCAGGCGAGUUCCGGCCCCAAGCAGAUGCGCUUCGCAAAGCAAUGAAGGGCUUCGGCACAGAUGAGAAGGCUUUGAUUGCAGUCCUCGCGCCGCUCGAUCCGCUUCAGAUGGCCGCUGUCCGCGACACAUACUCCAAGCACCUUGGCCGCGAUCUGUUCAAGGAUGUCAAGUCUGAGACCAGCGGGUACUUCGGCGAUGGCCUACUUGCCGUGCUGGAUGGACCGCUUAUGAAUGAUGUCGACAACUUGCACUCGGCAAUCGAUGGUGCUGGCACGAAGGAGUGGUUACUCAAUGAGAUCCUGCUCGGUCGGUCCAAUGCUGAUAUGAAUGCUAUCCGGACCGCCUAUGAAAUGCGACACAGGCGUUCGCUUUCUAAAGAUGUCGAAGGCGAUCUCUCUUUCAAGACGUCCACUCUGUUCGCCAUUGUCCUUCGUGCUGCUCGCCAUGAAGAGUCUACCCCUAUCAACCCGCAAACCAUCGAGACUGAUGUUCGCUCCGUGCAAGGGAAGAACGUCACAGAGGUUUGCGCAAUCUUUGCCCAGGCCUCCAAUGCCGAACUCCGCGCUAUUAGCCAGACUUUCGAGUCACGCUACCAUAUCUCUCUCGAGAAGCAUAUUGAGAAGGCAUUCUCGGGUCAUAUGGAAGAUGCCCUGCUCCUGAUGCUCCGCACGGCCACGGAUCCUGCCAUGCGUGAUGCUAUCCUACUCGAGCAAUCCAUGAGCGGCAUGGGCACCAAGGACGAGCGCCUUAUUAUCCGUGUAGUCCGGGUCCACUGGAAUCGCAAUCACAAGGAGAUGGUUAAGCGCGCUUACCAACACAAGUUCGGGAAGAGCUUGAUUGACCGCGUCCGUGGAGAGACUUCUGGUGAUUACCAGCGAUUGAUGGUUGCCCUUCUUGAGUAG